CACGUGUUUCUACGCAACGAUACCGUCCGCCCUGCCCUGACGACACCUUAUCAAGGACCGUACCGGAUUCUCAAACGAGGCCCAAAAUCGUUCCAGAUUUUGCAUAAUGGACAUCCCUCGUUCGUAUCCAUCGACCGCUUGAAACCCGCUUAUACCACCGGAGAAGAUACUACACCAGCCGAACAGCCCCGACCCUUUGAAGAACCCAUGAUGACCUCACAACGCGUAACACCAACGGUCGAUCCACUAUCACCUGAGCAACCGUCCGCAACCUGUGAGCCUUCGUCCAGCGCGACCCCAACUAGCCAGACCCAGCCACAGCCAAUAUUACGACGGACAACCGAGAACAACAUAUCGACCGGAGUUACCAGAUCGCAACGCAGAGUUGUGAUCCCCCUGCGAUACCGGUAA